GAAAAAAAUAAAGCUGUGAAACGAUAUUCUUUUUCUUUACGCAAUAUAUAUUCUUUGAUGACCAAAAUAAAAUCUCACUCAGUACCAACGACGCCUUUAUUACAAAAUCACUUUGACGCUUUGUCUCCAACAACAAAGAGUUCAAUAAAAAAGAAUAGAAAGAAUAGUAAAAAGAAAAAAGCAAACCAGCAUAAAAGUGAUGAAGAACCAUCAGAACAGACAAAUGAACAACAACAAGAGUCAUUACAGCCGAUUUCAUUCUUGGAAUACUUGAAGGAUGAGUUGACAGUGGCUGAUUUCGAUAGUGCACAAGAACUGAAAAGAGAGAGAGUAACCAAUUUCUUGGGUGUACCUGGUGCAAUAGAAAAGUUGAUGGGAUUUGGAAUAUUUGUAUGCUUUGAUUCUUUCUUAUAUACCUUUACUAUACUUCCUUUACGAUUCUGCUUGGCCUUUUAUCAUUUUAUCAUCUUUAUCAUUCACAACACAAGAGCAUUUAUUGUAGGACAAAAAGAAAGUUAUACGCGAUUACGGCCUUCUCAAAAAUGCGAUCUACUCAAAGGAUUCCUAGUGAUGAUUACUUGUGUCUUCAUGAAUAUCUUUGAUCCUUCUCGAGUCUAUCAUUCCAUUCGUGGUCAAGCUGUAUUGAAACUCUAUGUUAUAUUGAACGUCCUGGAAAUUUGUGAUAAAUUAUGCUGUUCUUUAGGCGUUGAUGUGCUGGAUGCCUUGUUUUCUAAAUCAACCUUGGGUAAUUCACCGCAGGACAUCAAAGGUGCUGCUUAUGCUAAAAGACAGCUCAAGCCAAUCACUUUCUUUAUUCUGGCAGCAGGCUAUAUGGUUAUGCAUACCCUUAUCCUCUUCUUUCAAAUGAUAACUCUAAACGUAGCCAUCAACUUUUACUCGAAUGCUUUGCUUUCUUUACUCAUCUCGAAUCAGUUUGUCGAAAUCAAACAAUCUGUAUUCAAACGAUUUGAAAAAGAAAACCUCUUUCAAUUGACCUGCAGUGAUAUUGUCGAAAGGUUUCAGCAAUCUGCUUUUCUAUUUAUCAUCACCUUACGUAAUGUGAUCGAGCUAUCCGAAUCAGGACCUUCAUCUAUCUUACCAUCUACGUUCGUGCCUCUUUUCAAACUGCCUGCAUCUACAUCACUCAACACGCUUAUGACACCAGUCGUCAUGGUGAUUACUUCUGAACUGCUUGUAGAUUGGCUAAAGCAUGCAUUUAUUACCAAGUUCAAUCAGAUACGGCCCUCAAUCUAUGGGAAAUACAUUGACAUCUUAUGUAAAGAUCUUGUUAUUGGAAGCCCUGGUCGAAUGACAGGUAAACACCAUGCCUUUGUGGAUCAAUCACCAGUCGUUUCGCGAAGGAUUGGAUUUCCUGUGCUUCCACUGGCAUGUCUGUAUAUUCGUAUGAUGCAGCAAAUACUGCCAAUGAUGUUUAUGUCACAGGGCGGAAACGGAACAACAGCUGCCUCAGUCAUUACAUCAAGCAUUCUUUAUUAUCAGAAUGUACUAAGUCAAUAUCUACCUGUACGGCUUCAGAUAGUAUUGGUCUCUAUGGUAAACUCAGGUUGGCUAGAGCAUGUAUUGGAUCGAUUGAUUCGAUUUGUGAUUUGGACCUUAUUUGUGUGCGUUUUGGCCAUUAUUCUACUCGCUUUGAAGGUAGUUGUUGGUAUGAAUUUAUUAGGAUAUGCGUAUAAACGAUAUUUGAGUAUGGAAGAACGAGAUAAAGCAGAGAUGAAAAAGGAUCAAGAAGUGAAGGAGAUGAGUAAAGAAGAAAAUGAAUAUCGCAAAUCAGUGAAUGAAUACUUGAGUCAGCCUGAGGAUCAUUUACUUUCAAAGCCUAUUAAAUAUACCUUGGAGACUGUGGAUCGGUUUUCGAUGGUGAAGAGUCGAAUUCCUUGAAAAAUAAAAAUAAAUAAAUGACAUUCAAUACAUAGCAAUAUAAUAUAUUUAUAUAUUACCCCCUUUUUUUUCUUGGAUAACUGUAUAUAAAUUGUGCUUUUCUUUGUUCAAAAGUGCAUUGUAUCAGUCCAUGAAAAAGAUAGUAACUUGAUGUGAAGGAUGAAUGACUUAAAGUAUCAUGCAGCUAGGGUUGCUUUAUUACAUACUAUUUAGGAACAUGUUGAUAGCUUUUCCUAAAUAUGACGAAAGAGGGGGCAUGAAUUAAAGUUUUGCUACUUUACUCCUCCAAAUUUACGGUGAUCUUCAAGGGAACGCAGAUCGUAAAAGCGAAUCGUUUUAAACUACCUCCAAUGCAACUAUAGACAAUCGAAAUAUCUCUGACCAAAGUAAGCAAUAAAUUUCCUUUUUAGGUCAAUUGACGGUGGAACCAUUGUGAUA